CAAGGAUCAAAAUGCAAAAAGGCUACCCCUCAGAGUCAGAGUCAGAGUAAUGGCGAACGCCGGAGAGGGAGCGCCGCCGCCGGCGAUCUUUUGGAACGAGAAGGAAGAGAGGUUCGAGACGGAGGACAAGCAAGCGUUCCUUCAAUACCACCUUAGAGAUGUCUCCGUGGAUAACUCGACGAAGACGGUGAUGGACAUGGUCCACACCUUCGUCCCCAGGAGCAAACGGGGCAUGGGCUUGGCUGCCAUCCUCUGCUCCGCCGCUUUUGACCACGCCCAGCGCCAUUCCAUGGUCGUCAUCCCUACCUGCUCUUACAUCUCGGAUACGUUUCUCCCUCGUUUUCCAGCUUGGAAGUCGAUUGUUUAUGAUGAAUGCCUGAAAUCUAGUAUGUGAACUUCCCUUGGGAUUUCCUAAUUCUCUGUGCAAAACUCUUUACAUGCAUUAGAGGUUUGUAUUGAUAAGAAUUGCAUUUCAAAAUCAUAAAAAUAGAAUAAUAAAAUGCUUCAUGUGAAAAUUGUUUUUUGUUUUAUCA